CAGCAACUGCUUUGUCCCCCCUCACUUCCAUAUGACGCCAUUUACAGAAUAAACCCGACCUCUUCUCCGGAAAGAGGAAAAAACAAGACGAGAAAAACUUGAAAGCACCUCAGUGUGCAAGGCAGCCAAACAUUCAACAAUUACAGCGCGUAUUUUUUAGAACUGUCCAGCCUACAACAAACUCGAAGGCCGUUGGCUAUUUGUGUAAACUCUACGGAAUCAAAAGUAUCGCGUGCGCAUUUUGUUCACUUUUCUAAUUCACAAAAAAGUGGAGAGCCAGCAAGUCCCUAGUGAUUCAUUCGUUUUUGGUAGUAUUUCGCCUCGGGUUCUCUCGCAGUGGAAUGUAUGUCAAUGUUUUUGAUCUCUUAAAAUUGACGUGGAUCUGGAAAUAUUGUUUGUAGCUACUUUUUCAUUGCAUUGGAUUGUGUGGAUGGGUUUCCAGAUGAAUUUAAGUAGGAAUAAACUUUCAGAAUUUGGAAUUUAAUUACACAAACGGGGCUGAAGUGGUGCGAACACGGACUUCAGAUGUGUUCAAUGCCAGCCGGAGGGGUCCUUCUUCAGAGCCAAGAUGGAGACCAGUACUCAAAAUGGCAGUGGUGGCGGAGGGUCGGCCGGCUUGCUGCGUGCUCUGCAUGACAGCGGGAGGAUACACCGGCCUCACCAUGCCCAGGAAGGGCAGCCCGAUCCUGGUGUAAACCCCGGCCAGCAGGCCCCUGUGCUCUCGCUGGACCAGAUCAGGAUCACCGGGAGCAGUAAUGAGUACACAGAGGGACCAACGGUGGGACCCAUUGUGGUCCCUAGGCCCCCUGGCUCCUUGCCUACCCAGCAGAAGAACGACUUGGUGGUGCCACUGGGCCUGGGGACCAACGAGCAACUGGAGCCCCAGGCCCCCAGGUCCAACCAGAGGAACUUACUCCCCGAUCUUCAACAACAUCCCCAGCCCACACACUCUACAGUCCCCUCCAGGGAUGCCCUAUCUCUUUCUUCUAGCACAGAGGGCUCCAGAAGCAGCCCGAGGACCAGUAUAGGCAGCAUGUCUUCCGUGCAGAGGCUCCUGAGUAGCCCGGCGGUUAGCGAACGGAUAAUCAGGACCCAGCCCAAACGGGUGGAGCUUAAACAGGAGGAAUUGAAGCCCCUGGUGAGUACGGCAGGAGGGGCGGUGGUGGUCACGGUGCCCAGUGGCGGUGCCCCCGCUGCUAGGGAGGGGCUGCUGGUUAAACACACCUACCGCUGUGAGGACUGUGGCCAGUGCAAGUGCCAGGAGUGCAUGUGCCCACGCGCCCUGCCCUCCUGCUGGAUGUGUGGCCGGCGGUGCGUGUGCUCGGCGCAGAACGUGAUAGACUACGGGACUUGCGUGUGCUGCGUUAAGGGCCUGUUCUACCACUGCUCCAGUGACGACGAGGAUACAUGUGCCGACAAGCCCUUCUCCUGCAGCCAGUCGCACUGCUGCGUGCGCUGGUCGGCCAUGGGCCUCCUGUCCCUGUUCCUACCCUGUCUUCUGUGCUACCUCCCGGCUAAAGGGUGUCUCGCUCGCGCCAGAGCUGCUGCGACCAGCGUCAAGCGACCGGGCUGCCGGUGUAAGGACACUAACGUAGUCCACUGUAAGAGCGUCAACUGUAUACCGACGUAAAGGGAAAGUACAUUGGGUGAUGUGGAGAAUCGAUGGGGGUUGACAACUUUGGGCGACUGAAACGAUCGCCUCAUCACGUUUUGGCACUGUAGUCAGAAGUUGAUUGGGGGAUUGGCUAAGUUUAGCUGUUUGACGUGGUUUGUGUCGUUUGUUUUCAGCUAUGGUUCUUAAUACGGGCUGCUUAAUCACCAAGUGCCCUGAUUUUGUAUUGUUGUAAUCAAAGUCCAGAAUGUUAGCCCUUUUGACAUUUAAUACAACUGAUAUGCUAUGGACAGACUCUCCUGACUAACUUGUUUGUGAAUAGUAAUCUCAAAAGUAUGUAAAUUAGCAAAUGACCUCUUCAGAGAUGUUUUAUUUUUGUAUAUAUAAUAUUUCAACUGUGAAAAGCAUUCUGCCAAACCAGAGGCACCUUGAUGAUAGAUCCAUAUAUAUUAUAUAAUACAAUGUUUAAUGUUGUACAUUCAUGGGAAUGUAUAUCAAUCAUUUUUUAUGUUUGCCUUACAAGAGACGGAUAUUUACGCAUCUUAUCCCUUCAACUCUACUUGUAAAUUGUACAGUGACCCUAUAAGAACAUCUUUAUUUUCUAAUUUCAACAUUGUUUAGUGUAAAGAAUAUUUAUUUGAAGUUUUAUUAUUUUAUA